CUUGCAUUUCAUUCCGUGUCACGGAAGUCAGACGGAGGCGCGGUCUGGCCCCCAUGACGUAUGGAAUCAAGGCAGACGGGCUUCGCGAUCUGCUGAUCACUACUGAAGAGACCCUAGUUCAGUUCUCGCGGGCAAAGCCCGUUCGGCAGACGUUUUUGCUUGUCCGUCCGUGGGAUUGGUAUCUCCUUGGGGUACCUGACUUUGCAGAGCAGCCUGACUUCACAGACGAUACAGAGAGCAUGGGAGAUUGGAUCGAACCCGGGUCCCCGAUAGACGACUCUGACAAGCUACCCGGCGGUUCGUCUGUUGAGGAGCCUGGCUCACGAGCGUUGCGAUUGAUGGUUCGCCUCGGACAACCUUUCAACGCGAUUUUGCUAGCGCAGCAGCGUGUUAGAGAAUAUAAGAGGAUUGCGUCGGAUCAUCACAUCGUUGCACAAGUCGAAGACAUUACUUCCUUUGAUAAUAUAGACGUAAGUACCGUAGAAAUACUCUAGCUGUAUUUUAAAGCCAGUAUUCAUUCGUGCUUUGAUGAUCAAACCUGC